AAUAAAUCUGUAGAAAAAAAAACUGUCCCUCAUGAACAAAGGCGAACAGUGUGCGCAAACACGCCUGACUCUACACUUAUACACGAGGUGGUCUAUGCUAAACGCGUGAAUCAUUAAGAAUCCUUAACUCGCCGACACUUGACCUCGUUUUUAACCACUACAUAUUCUUUAACUAAACACUCUUCAAUAUCCAAGCUUCAACCCUUGACCACAGAAAAGGCAAACAUGGCUCGUACGAUUGCCAAGAAACUUCUACAUCAAUGGCACAAACUCCUCGGCCUGCAGCGUCAAUCGCCGCUAUCAUGGCACCGGGACCGCUUGCGCGAAGAGCUCCAGGAACGCCGAAAUGCCAACACACCCUUGGAGAAGCUCAGCGAGACUGCAGACGUAUUCUUCUCGAUUAGCCGCGCUAAGUACGACGGCUUUCCCGUGCGGUCGCUUCCUCCCUUUUCCGUCGGCCACAUCCUCGUGUAUGCGUACAUGCUGGCCAAGUUCACAUCUCGUUGGGCGUUCUAUCGGGUGGCUGCUUUCCUCUGCGAAGCUCCCAAUCACGAUAUAGUGCGCGAGGUUGUGAAUCCGUCUAAGGAUAAUAAACUAGAUGAAGUCGCUUCCCGUCAUCAUAUCGAUCAGGGAAAGUUCAAGCGUAUUGGACGCCGACUACGACGAGUUUGGCCUCUGUUCCCGUAGUGGUGUUGUUGAUGUAUACACCACUCUAUGUGCGCUGCAGUUGAUCGGAAAGAGCCAUAGAUACGAUGCAAGGAGCAGGUUAUGGAAGG